AUGGCUGAAGUAACAGCGGAGCAACUGAAUGCAGUCCAACCUGCUCCUGCCGAUCCCUGCUAUGCUGGACCUGAAGAUGUGGCCUGUGAUUUCUGCACUGGUAGGGAGCUGAAAGCCUUCGAGUCCUGUUUGGUGUGUUUGGCUUCUUACUGUGAGAAACACCUUCAGCCUCAUUACGAUGUGGCUGCAUUAAAGCAUCACAAGCUGGUGGACCCCUCCAAAGAGCUCCAAGACAACAUCUGCUCUCUUCAUGGUGAGGUGAUGAAGAUCUUCUGUCGUACUGAUCAGCACAGCAUCUGUUAUCUCUGCUUUAUGGAUGAACAUAAAGACCACGACACGGUCUCAGCUGCAGCAGAAUGGACUGAGAGGCAGAGAAAGCUGGAGGUGAGUCGACUCAACAUCCAGCAGAGAAUCCAGGACAGAGAGGAAGGUGUGAAGCUGCUUCAACAGGAGAGAGGGGAAAACUAUAAACGAUUGAAGGACAGUGAGAAGAUCUUCACCCAGCUGAUCCGUCUCAUGGAUGAAAGAAGCUCUGAUGUGAAGGAGCAGGUCAGAUCCCAGCAGAGAGCUGAAAUGAGUCGAGUCAAAGAUCUUCAAAAGAAGCUGCAGCGGGAGAUCUCUGAGCUGAAGAGGAGCGACGCUGAGCUGCAGGAGCUCUCACACACAGAAGAUCUUAACCAGUUCCUCCAGAACUACCCCUCAGGGUCCCCCCUCAGUGAGUCUACUGACUCAUUCAGCAUCAACAUCGGUCCUCUGAACUGGUUUGAGGACGUGACAUGGGCUGUGUCAGAAAUCAGAGACAAACUAGAGGACGCCAUGAGAGAGAAAUGGACAAAAUUCAUGACUGUGGCUGAAGUGAAGGUUUUACUCUCACAAUCAGAGCCAAACACCAGAGCUGGCUUCUUGAAACAUUCACUUAAAAUCCCACUGGAUCCAAACACGGCACACACAGAGCUGUCAUUAUCUGAUGGGAACAAAAAAGCAGCAUUAGGGAAACCAAAACAGCCUUAUCGUUGUCACCCAGAUAGAUUCUGUGAAUGUGAGCAGGUCCUGAGUAGAGAGAGUCUGGUUAACCGUUGUUACUGGGAGGUGGAGUGGAGAGGAGAGGUUGUUGUAGCAGUCGCAUACAAGGAUAUCAGCAGAAAAGGGAACUGUGAUCAAGUUACAUUUGGAUUGAAUGACAAAUCUUGGGCAUUAACUUGUGCAAAAAGCAGUUAUAUCUUCCGACACAACCACAUUGUAACCCCCAUUUCAGGUCCUGUGUCCUCCAGAGUAGGAGUGUACCUGGACCACACAGCAGGCCUUCUGUCCUUCUACAGCGUCUCUGAAACCAUGACGCUCCUCCACAGAGUCCACACCACGUUCACUCAGCCUCUCUAUGCUGGAAUUCAGCUUGUCAACUGUGGAGACACUGCUGAGUUCAAAUAG